GUCACUAUUGCGCAUGCGUGGUUCCGGUGUCGCGGUCAACAUGACGCUCUUUCAUUUCGGGAACUGCUUCGCUUUGGCUUAUUUCCCGUAUUUUAUCACCUACAAAUGCAGUGGCCUGUCCGAGUAUGGUGCCUUCUGGCGGUGUGUGCAGGCGGGAGCCACCUACCUGUGUGUGCAACUGUGCAAGAUGCUGUUUUUGGCAACAUUUUUCCCGACCUGGGAAGGAGCAGUUGGAGCUUACGACUUUAUUGGGGAGUUCAUGAAAUGUACGGUAGACCUCGCUGACCUGUUGGGCUUGCACUUAGUUAUGUCUAGAAAUGCAGGAAAGGGAGAGUACAAGAUAAUGGUCGCAGCUUUGGGCUGGGCCACAGCAGAACUUGUCAUGUCCAGGUGUCUCCCUCUGUGGGUUGGAGCUCGUGGCAUUGAGUUUGAUUGGAAAUAUAUCCAGAUGAGCAUUGAUUCUAACAUCAGUCUGGUACAUUACAUGGCUGUGGCUGCCCUUGUCUGGAUGUGGACACGCUACGACCUUCCCACACAUUUCCGGCUGCCUGUUACAGUUCUUUUGGGACUCAGCAUGUACAAGGCUUUCCUUAUGGACUGUUUUGUGCACAUCUUCCUCCUGGGCAGCUGGACUGCACUUCUCCUGAAAGCUGUGAUCACCGGUCUCCUGUCCUUCAGCUGCCUCACGCUCUUUGUAAGUUUGGUUCAUGGCAACUGAGCCUCUGGAGAUUCCGUACGGCCAAUAGCGAACAAGCAGUUUGGGCUCUGCCUCUUUUCCUUUGAUUGACAAAAGCGCCAGAGAGUUGGACUGUUUAUGAAUUUUGAUUUAAAUUAAUUUCAUAUAGACUUUAUAUAAUAAAAUAUUUGUGGACCAGA